UGUGUGACUACUGAGUACCUACCCCGUCUCUCUUCCAGUGAGCAGCAGUCCGGAUCACAAAAUCAGCAACAUCCUGUCCACUGUUGAGCCCACAAAGCACCAGUGAGAGUCGGAGGAUAUGUGGGAGGCUUUGCAAGAACGUGCCAUGACCUCCAGUAGGGUCAUCCUCUUGCUUCAGCUCUGGCUCCUGGACAUCUGUAGACCUUUUGAUUGCAAAAUGCUCCUCAGUUUACUGACAAGAGCAAUCUCUGCCACGAGGGGAAGCUGGGCAAAGAGGCACCUUCCUCUCCAGAGCUCCACCUUCUCCUGGAGGAAUGUCGCUCUCCUGCUGCUUCUCUCCCUCUCUUUGGAGCAGACAUCUGCAUCGCCAGGCCGCAGAGUCAAACAGAAGCCAGGAGUGUGCCCCCAAGAAAGGCUCACCUGUAGUACUAAAGCCCCAGACUUGUGCAAAACAGAUUUCAACUGCGAUGAACACCUGAAGUGCUGCUCUUUUGCCUGUGGGAAGAAGUGCAUGGACCCGUAUGAAGAACCCUGCAUGCUACCCUUGGACCGAGGAAAAUGUAAGAAUACAGUCAAGCACUGGUAUUUUCAUACUAAAAGGCGUGUAUGCAAAGCCUUUAAUUAUGGAGGCUGCCUUGGGAAUGCCAACAACUUUUCCAACAGGGAAGACUGCAUGACGGCUUGUUCAUCAACUGUCAAGGAUGGGCAGUGCCCACUCUUCCCUUUCAAGAACCGUAUGGAGUGUUCAGCUUCGUGUAAGAGUGACUUCGAUUGCCCCCCAAAUGAAAAAUGUUGUGAAUCCAUGUGUGGCUUUGAUUGUGCCAUGGCCUGGACAGUCAAAGCAGGUUUCUGCCCACACAAGCCGCCGACAUGUUCCAGGAUUGAGAAACCCAGGUGCCUGCAGGAUGAUGAUUGCCCAUUGACAAUGAAGUGCUGUUCACUCUGUGGACUUGAAGUGCCUGGAAUCCCUAAAAUGAAUAGUUAAACCUCUGAAAUAAUGUUGAAAAUAAAGGCAAUGGCAUCUGUCCCUGUCCAGUUCUUUACUUUAAGUCAAU